AUGGAUGACUGCUUGCAAAAAAUGAGGAAGCCAAUCAACGCCCCUGAGACGGCUGAAAGGGAAGGAAGAGAUGGCAGCUUCUGCAACAGAAAGGCUGACCGGCCACCGAAGCCCACACUCAUCGACUCCCGGACUUCAUGCAAACAGCUUGCCAAGCGCCACCGAGGUUCCAACGUCAGCUACGAGACAGUGACAAUUGCCCUGUCGUUAGCUCUAGCCGGUGUCAGCAGCGCCUCUCUCAACCAUGAACCACGCGGCAUUGAUGAUGAUAGCUCUAGUUCAAUAUAUGGGACUCUGCAACAAGCCAUAGCAUACCACGUCUCCAGACCAGGCCAAAAGCUCCCAAGUCGCGGUGAAGGCAAGACGUGUCUCAUUCGAUCAUCGUUCGACUGCGAUUCCAUGCCUGGUUCCGACGUUCCGCAAGGGGAUUGA